ACUCUCACACAAAACAAUUCCCAUGACCAGCGCAGCAGUCUGUGAGCAGUGCUGACGGAGAGUCUGGAGCCAGGGUGACUCGUUCUCGGGCUUUUUGACCGUUCAUUUGCUAUUUUGCGCGCAUCCUGCGCCGCUGGUGGCGGUGAUCCUCGCGCAGUCUUCAUCGAAGGGACCAGAGGCUCCAGACCCGCCCCUUUCAUCCAGCCAGGACGCGCUGUCCGCAGGCUGCGUCCGCGAUGACGGCCAACAGCAGGCACAAGAGCCGCGCGCCCCGGCCAGAUGAUGGAGAGGAAAAGGACUACGUGGGUUUCGCCACGCUGCCGAACCAGGUGCACCGGAAGUCGGUGAAAAAGGGCUUCGACUUCACCCUCAUGGUGGCAGGUGAGUCGGGCCUGGGCAAGUCCACCUUGGUGAAUAGCCUGUUCCUCACUGAUCUGCAUAAAGACAGGAAGCUGCUCAACGCUGAGGAGCGCAUCAGUCAGACAGUGGAGAUCACCAAGCACACGGUGGACAUCGAGGAGAAGGGAGUGAAGCUCAAACUCACCAUCGUCGACACCCCGGGUUUUGGAGAUGCAGUCAACAACACAGAGUGCUGGAGGCCGGUGACCGACUACAUCGACCAGCAGUUCGAGCAGUACUUCAGAGACGAGAGCGGGCUGAACAGGAAGAACAUCCAGGACAACAGGGUGCACUGCUGCCUCUACUUUAUCCCUCCGUUCGGACACGGCCUGCGCCCAGUGGACAUAGAGUUCAUCAAGGCCCUGCAGGACAGAGUCAGUGUGGUGCCGCUCAUCGCCAAGGCCGACUGCCUCAUGCCCAGCGAGGUGAAGAGGCUCAAAGAGCAGCUGAGGGAGGAGAUUGAUAAGUACGGGAUAAAGAUCUACCAGUUCCCAGACUGCGACUCUGAUGAGGACGAGGAGUUCAAGAGACAGGAUAAGGAGCUGAAGGAGAGCACUCCGUUCGCGGUGAUCGGCAGCAACACGGUGGUAGAAGCCCGCGGUCAGCGAGUGAGGGGCCGUCUCUACCCCUGGGGCAUCGUGGAGGUGGAGAACCCGUCCCACUGCGACUUUGUGAAGCUGAGGACCAUGCUGAUAAGAACCCACAUGCACGACCUGAAGGACAUCACCAGCGACUGCCACUACGAGAACUACAGGGCCCAGUGCAUCCAGAGCAUGACCAGCAGGAUGAACGCAGACAAGCGGGUGGAGAGCCCCGUCCCCGUCCCCGUCCUGCCGCUGCCCACGCCCGACGCCGAGACGGAGAAGCUCAUCCGGCUCAAAGACGACGAGCUGAGGAGGAUGCAGCAGAUGCUUCAGAAGAUGCAGCAGCAGAUGCACGAGCAGGACCUGUGAGGCCGCGGCGCCCGUCACGGCGGAGGAUGACGGGGCCAACGCGCCUCAGCGGGGCCCGAGGUGAAGAGCAGACAGAGUUGACUGACAGCAUGCCAGGGGACGCACUUAGCAUCAUUUAAAUGUGUUUUGAAUGACACCUUUUCAAACUUUACCCUGUAAUGCAAUGAUGAGCCACGCACAUAGAGCUACUGUAGGCAAUAGAGAGUAUGCUGCACUUUGUUACUGUAGAUCACGGUAGAUUUCCAAGUAGCUUUUGUACCUAAAACAAUAAAUGAGACCAAUUGACUCGGCCCUUUACUCGUGCAUCCGUCCGUGCAUGGAUUGUGUGUGUGCGAUAGUGUGAGAAGUGACACUAGACUGAAACUCGGCCGGUUAUAUCUCACUCGCAGUCAUUGCUGGUUUUUGUUGACAACUUGUGGCAAUUCUUUUACCACCACAUACUUAAACUGAGCCUUUAGCUCAUAGCUGCCUUGUUUGAUGAAGCCACAUCCGGUCUUUAUUUCUUUUAGCUCUGCUUUUGGUCUCCCCCAUCAACCGACGGGAGGCUUAAAUAAAAUAAAUAACGACUGCUGACAAGACUCAGCACGUUCCCCCAGAAUCAGAGUGAGGUUCCAUCAGCCGCUGGUCAGUCUCAGUGUGUGUGUGUGUGUGUGUGUGUGUGCGUGUGUGUGUGUGUGUGUGUGUGCGUGUGUGCGUGUGUGUGUGCACGCCCCGUAAGGACUUAGUGUUUGUGGUGAUGCAUGCAUUCGUUCGACAUUCUCCUCCUUAUGUUAAUUCUUCAUAUCCAUAUUUUUAUAAAACAGCGUUGCAUCGCACAAUCAUGAACGUUAUAAAAACAAUGCUAUCGUACAUUAAAAGCUGAUUUAAGCAGAGUUACACAAUGUCAGAGCAACUAACUGGCUGGAGUCAGGGGGGACUGAAAAGACCAUAACGGACACUAAUAAGUGAAACCUUAAUAAUGUGUAACCUGUGCAACCAUAACAAUAAAAGGUAACGCACCUUUACAACAUGACAUGUAACUUGUGACAUGUAGGUAAUAAAUAAAAACAACAUAGUAACAGA